AUGUCUCUACCAAAACACGAAAAAUUUCAAGAAGGUUCACAACAAGGAAUUAAAAUUCAUGGGUGGACAAUUACAACAACUAAAUUACCAAUUCUUAAUUCUCAGGAAAUUGAAGAAGUACAAAAGGAAAUAACAAUUCCAUUACCUGAAAUGUUUUUUGGAAAUAAUUCAUUACAAAUAAUCAAUGAACACGGUAUUUUACUCGAAUUCUCACCUUUGGAUGCAUUAAAGAUGGUUGAUACUACAGCAGAAGGUGGUGAAAAAGUAAAAGUUUCCUAUUCCGAAGAAUGGAAAAGGAAAAGCGCAAAGAAUCAUGAACACAUUAAAGAUGUGAUUAAACCAUAUGAUUGGACAUAUACUACUUCAUACUCUGGGACAUUAAAAGGAACCGUCAACAAACAUGUAUUUGAAAAAUCGACAGAUAGAAUUGAUAUAGAAAAACUGAAAAAAGUAGAAGAUAUUUUAUUUUAUGAUGAAAUGAUUUUAUUUGAAGAUGAAUUAGCUGAUAAUGGGACAGCAAUGCUAAAUGUAAAAAUUCGUGUGAUGCCAUCGGGAUUUUUUAUACUUCAACGAUUCUUUCUUAGGGUCGAUGAAGUAUUAUUUAGGAUGAAUGAUACAAGAGUUUAUCAUGAAUUUGAAACGGGAUAUUUACAAAGAGAAUAUUCUUCGAGAGAAGAACUUUAUAACAAAAUCAAAGCAUAUAUUCCUAAAUAUAAAGGUGAUGAUAUAUCACAAUUAACAGACAUCGAUUGGGUGUCAUCAAAAUUACCAUCAAAGGAAGAUGGACUUAUAGUAGAGAAAUUAUCAACAUUUGAAGCCAAUGAUUAUGUCAAUUUCUUUGGCACAACAUCCCUUGGCACACAAUUGGAAAUUAGUUUUCACAAUAUUAUACAAUCCAUUAUUGGCAUUUGA